AUGGCAUGCAUGAAGUUGGGUUCCAAAGCAGACGUGUUUCUCCUUGAUGACCACACCUGGCUCUGCUCCACUGGGCUUUCAAGUGAUGUUUGCAUUGAAGUUGAAGAGAAGUCCUUCCAUCUUCACAAGUUUCCACUGUUGUCCAGGAGCAGGUUUUUGGAAAAACUUAUCCAAGAAUUUCCUGAGAAUGAGAAAUGUGUUUUGGAACUUCAAACUAUACCUGGCGGAGCAAAAACAUUUUUGCUCAUAGCCAAGUUCUGCUAUGACGUUAAAUUUGAACUCACAGCGACUAAUGUGGUCAGUCUUAGGUGUGCGGCCGAGUAUCUUGAAAUGAAUGAAGAUUAUGGAGAAGGAAACCUUAUUAAACAAACUGAAAGUUUUCUCAAUGAAGUAUUUGGGAGUUGGUUAGACAUUUUUAAAGCCCUCGAAACUUGUGAAGACGCCCUUCCCCUUGCAGAAGAACUUCAUAUAGUUUCACAAUGCAUUGAUCGCCUGGCAAUGAAAGCUUGUGCCGAACCAAUUCUUAUGUGUAGGCCUGUGUCAGGACGAAGUGCCGCUCAGAGUCCAGUCAGUACUUUUCUAUGGAAUGGUAUACACUCAACUUCCAAGCAACAUACCCCAACUGAGGAUUGGUGGUAUGAGGACGUGGCAUUUCUUAAAUUGCCUUUGUUCAAGAGGUUUAUGCUGGCUGUUGCUAUUAAAGGCAUGAAACCCCAGAAAAUUGCUGAGGUGGUAAUGUUCUAUGCCGAGAGGUAUCUCCCGUUAAAUGGUAGGCAAUCAAGCUUUCAGAAUGGGAACAAUCGCACGCAUGGAUCAACGCUUCACAUUACAUCUGAUGCCGAUCAGAGGACUCUUCUCGAAGAGAUAGUUCAAUUACUACCAAAUCAAAAGGGUGUGAUGCCCACCAAGUUCCUGCUUAAACUUCUGCGAACAUCCAUGAUCCUACAGGCAAGUACAUCCUGUCGAGAGAAUUUGGAAAGGAGAAUCGGGGCCCAAUUCGAUCAAGCAGUUCUGGAAGAUCUUCUAAUACCAAGCAUGGGCUACUCAAUGGAGACCCUUUAUGACAUCGACUGUGUUCAGCGAAUUGUCGAUCAUUUUGUGUUGAUGGAUCAGGAUACAUUAAACCCUCUGGCGAACGAGGGCCAGUUACUAGGAGAUUCUCAUUCAUUUACACCAAUGACAAUGGUGGCAAAUCUUGUGGACAGCUAUCUAGCUGAAGUGGCACCUGAUGUUAACUUGAAAUUAUUGAAAUUCCUGUCCCUUGCUGCUGUAAUUCCAGAAUAUGCCAGGCCAGUGGAUGAUGGAAUUUACCGUGCUAUUGAUAUAUACCUAAAGGCAAGUAGUCUAUUUGAAUUCUUUCGAUAA